AUGGAUCCCCCGCGACUGGGAAGCGCGCACCGCAUUCUCUCCGCCUUAGACACGGACGAGCAAGUUCUCCGUUUCGUGGAGGCCAUCACGAGCGACGUCGCGAGCAUCCAGUCGGAGCUCCUCCAGCAAAUCCUGGCGGACAAUGCCGACGUUGCCUACUUCCACAGGCACGGCCUCUUUGGAGUUCCCAGCGCCGAGGACUUCCACUCGCGGCUGCCGCUCAUCUCGUACCAGGACAUCGAGCUCGACGUCGCGAGGAUAGCCAGCGGCGACGAGGAUGGCCAUGCCAAGAUCCUCUCCGGUACCUCUGGAGGACGCCAAAAGCUGUUUCCAAAGCUCAGUGACUACGACCCCGAGUUCCUCGUCCUCAACAGAGUUGCCCGUGCUGCCUUGAACAGGCAAGGUCCCUUCAACACUGGCAAGUCCCUCCACUUCAUCUACGUGAGGAAUCCCGAAGUGACCCCCGGCGGCGUGAAGCUCUCCUCCGGCCUCAGUGGCUACUUCACCAGCCCGGCUUUUCGUAACCGAAAGAUUGAUCCGGCGACGAGCUACACCUCCCCCGACCAAGUUCUCCAGUGCGUUGACUACAUCCAGGCUAAUUACUGCCAUCUUCUCUGCGGCCUCGUUCAAAGGGACCAAGUUGUAUCGGUCGGCUCGGUCUUCGCAUCAACGUUCGUAAGGAGCUUGAAGUCUCUGAAGUGCCAGUGGAGAGAUAUCUGCCAGGACAUCGCCGAGGGAGCGGUGAAUAGCAGGAUUGUCACAAGCCUUCCAGUCAGAAACGCUGUCAAUGCCAUCCUCCGGCCGGAUAUCGAGCUUGCUGAUGCCAUACGAAAGGAAUGCUGUGGUGGGAACUGGAGAGGUAUAGUGAGACGCCUGUGGCCCGAGGCUAGACUUGUCCAGACGAUAAUAACCGGCACCAUGCAGCAAUACGUUUCCAUAAUCGACAUGCUGACCGACGGUCUUCCGAUUGCUUCGUCCCUGUAUGCGUCUUCGGAGUGCAGCAGCCUGGGUGUUAACCUGGAUCCAGUAUGUCCACCAUCUGAAGUUCUGUACACGCUGUUCCCGUGCUUUGCAUACUUUGAGUUCCUUCCCUUGGAAAACCGACUAUCGGCCCCUGACGAAGACCAAGGGCAGGAAGAACGGAGCUUCGUUUCCUGCGACAACCUGGUAAAACUAGCAGAUGUCAAAGUCGGAGACGAGUACGAGCUGGUACUUACCACCAAGGCCGGUUUAUAUCGGUACAGGGUCGGCGAUAUUCUCAAGGUCGUCAAGUUCCACAAUGAUGCUCCUCAAUUCGCUUUUGUCCGGAGGGCCGGUGUGCUUCUGAGCGUUGACAUGGACAAGACUGACGAGCUUGAGCUACAUAAGGCAGUGACGCAAGCCUGGAAUCGUCACCAGGAGCACAGCGAAAUUCGCCUGGUGGACUACACUAGUCGAGUUGACUUGUCGUCCCAGCCAGGUCACUAUAUCAUCUACUGGGAGGCCUUCCCAGAUCCUCAGAUUCUCGAGCUUGACGUGUGCUGCUUCGAGCUUGAAGAAUCGCUUAGCGUGGUGUAUCGCCGAAACCGAAGGGAAGGAAGCGUAGGACCAUUAGAGAUCAAGCUUGUCCGGCAGGGAACUUUCGACAAAAUAAUGGACCAUGUGGUACAGAAUGGCGGGGCGAGCUACGGACAGUAUAAGACGCCAAGAUGUGCCAAAGACCCCAAGGUUGUGAGCAUUCUGGAAAGCAGUGUCAUUGCAAAGGGACAAGCGAGGUACAUGCAAACCAGUACCUAG